CAUGUCUCAAUUUCUUGGUUUGAAAAAAGCUAAAGUAGUAAACAUUCAACUAGUGAGCUCGAGAUUUGAUUUCUGCUGGCAAUUUGAAUGCUGAAAAUGAACUUUGCCAAACACAAACGAUGUGACGAACUGCAAACAUAAAUAAAUAUAGAUAUUUUUAACUAGUGCUGUGCCUUAAGUAAACAAACAAGCCCCAAAUUGACGGGAAAAAUCAUAAACAAGUGCAAAACUGUGCAGCAGCAAAAGGCAACAGGCAAAAGGCAGCAGGAAAGAAGUGUAAAAUUGUAAUUGGGCAAAAGAUAAUCUGCAUACCAAUUGUGAAAGAACAAGAACACCAAACUAGUUUGCAGCAGCGACGUCGACGGCGACGGCGACGGCACGAUAACAAGAACGACGCCAAGGUAGUUAACGAGUUGACAAGGGGAGUCCAGGGGCCAGAUAGGCGGGCGGGCGGUGGCAGCGGCUGCGACGCAUGAGCUGCGCAAAAGAGAUAGCUUUAAUUAACAACGAGUGCGAGUGCGAGCGCGAGCGCGUGGAACCAGUUCUCUUCGAACAGGGUCGGGGAGGGGGGCACUAUGCAAAGCAACUGAACAACAAGCACAAAAACAGCAGCAACAACUUGGAAUCAGGAUGAACGCAAAAUGGAUGCUGGCAACAUUGCUGCUGCUUGCGCCUGCUGCAAGCGGUGCCAGCAGCAGCACUGGCAGCGGCAUCAUUAGCAGCAGCAGCCACGCCCCGCCCGAAAUCAUCUUCCGUCAAUGCGAACCGAUACGCAUCGAGAUGUGCCGCGGCAUUGGCUACAAUGAAACCUCGAUGCCCAAUCUGGUCGGUCAUGAGCUGCAAACGGAUGUGGAGUACACACUGCAAACGUUUGCGCCGCUCAUCGAAUACGAUUGCAGCUCACAGCUAAAGCUUUUCCUUUGCGCCGCCUAUGUGCCCAUGUGCACGCCUAAGGCGCCGGUGCAUUCGAUUGGACCCUGCCGCAGUCUGUGCGAAUCCGUGCGCAUACGCUGUCAUCCAGUGCUGCAGGGUUUCGGCUUUCCCUGGCCGCCGGCGCUUGACUGCGAUCGUUUUCCGCGCGAGAACAAUCACGAGACCAUGUGCAUGGAAGGGCCGGGCGAAACACAUCUGGCCAUGCAGGACCAUGAGCUUUAUGGCCAGCAGUUGCCCGGCCUUAAGGUGGGCGCACCACUGCCGCUGGAUUGCUCGACACUGGCCAAAUCCCAUUUGUAUGUGAAACUGCAUCGUUCCGGACGCUGUGCGCCACUCUGCGAAGCAGACAUACUCUUCACGCCCAGCGAGAAACAUCUGUCCGAGAUCUGGGUAUCCACCUGGGCGUAUGCCGGCCUGGGUCUCGCCUGUGUGGCCACUCUCUGUCUGGUGCUGCUCGGCGGCGAUAAUCGCGGACGAAAUGCCGGCGCCAAAUGGUCGCGUCUAUUGUCGCCGCUGCUCUGGUGCCACAACAUGGUCACCAUCGGUUGGACGGUGCGUUUCAUUGUCGGGCGCACGGGCACCGCCUGCGGCACAGAUCCCCAGGCGCCCAACGAAUCUCUGCUGAGUGUCGAUGGCCUCUCCAAUGCGGCCUGUGCCAGCGUCUUCCUAUUGCGCUACUACUUUGGCAUGGCUGCCUGCGCCUGGUGGGCCAUUUUAUGCCUGGGCUGGCAUCGCGAUAUACGCCGCAAUAGUCCCGACACCAAAGGUCACGUAGCGCUGCCCGGCAAACGUCAUGGCGGCAGCACCGCCCAGCAGGAUUUGGCGCGCAAUAAUUUUGUUUGCUUUGUGGCCUGGGGACUGCCGGCAUUUCAAACGGCUGCGGUAAUUGUAAUGCGCCUCGUGGAUGCGGAUGAGCUGUUGGGCGCUUGCUUUGUGGGCAAUCAAUCGGAUAAGGCGCUGCAGGUGCUGGUCGCCACGCCCGUCUUUUGCUAUUGGAUAUUUGGCUCGAUGAAUCUAAUCUCUGGCUAUUUGGUGCACUGCCGCAACAAGGAGAUCUUGCGCAACAGCAACGCGUUAAGCUUGCAACAGCAACUGCAGCUGGGUGUGCACAACAGCUCUGGCAUUGGCAUCUUUUUGUUCAUCUAUGGCGCCGCCUGUGCCCUGCUGCUGCUAGCGGUCAUCUAUGAGUUUGCCAACAUUGAUGUCUGGCUAAGUCAACGGGAGACAAGCACACCGCUUUGGCCGUACUUAACGCGCGCUUUCAUGGAGCUUAUGCUGGGCAUUUGCUGUUUCGCCUGGGUUCUGGGUCCCAGCAUAUCCAGUAUGUACAAGCGUCAGCUGUCUAUGCGGCCGCUCAAGCAGGCCACAGGCGUGGAACGCGCACUCCAUCCACAUCCACAUCAACAGCAGCAGCUGCAGCUGCAGCUGCAACAGCCGCACGCCCAGCAGCACCAUCAUCAGUCAGCGCUCGACGGGCAGAGCAGCUCGCGUGGCUCGCAUAUUGCAUGCAGCAGCACUGUUGUCUCCUAUCAUUCGGUGCGUCCUUCGCAUCAGUCUUUGGUCAGCGCACCGCCGCUCAUCAGCAGCCCCUACAAGCAGAAGACGCAAACGGGCGCCGGCUCAAUUUCGCUUAACCAAAUGUCCAAUUAUUCGCUGGGCCGCAGCGUACAGCAAACGCCGACGGCGCACUCCACACAUCGCCUCUACUAUGCACCGCCACAGAAGCAUCAUCAUCAUGGCCAUCAUGCCAACUAUUCCCACUAUCCGCUGCAGCUGCAGCGCUAUGGCAACGAGACGCUGCUGUGAGGUUGAAAUGGUUUCUACGGAGACGAGUUCUUCAAGUCUGAUGCCGCACGAAAUGAAUUGCCAACAGCUGCGGCUGUUUACCAGAACGUUCCUGCCAAGGUCAGCAUAUAGAUCCUAUCCUAGUUUAGCUUUUAAUGCGUUUAGAAAAUUGCAAUUGAAUUAUCCACUAUUCGGCAGCAUCAUAUCGGGACUCAUCAUUUAAUUUGAAAAUCAUAAUUCCUUCUUCUUUUUGUUUAAGAGGUUUGCCUAAGGUAUUGGGUAACUAUGAGAAAACGAAUUUUAGUUAUUAAAGUACCCCUUCUCAAAAUCGGAAGGAUCUAUGCAGAUGCUAUUCAUAUUUAGGUUAGGUAUGGGUCCUAUGCAAACCCCCGGCAAACCCCUAAAGUUAAGCUAUCCAUUUCGCCUCAGCUUAGCAAAGCUCCUUUAAUUGCUACGAUAUUUUUUUUAGCAAAGAUCCAAAACCCAUAUCAUCGCUGUAUGUACGUUGUACAUAUGAGUAUUAAUAUGAUGAUUUUAUUCUG